GAGCAGAGACAUGGCCAGGGCCUGGACUUCCCCUCCACUCUGCCCCCUCUGAGACGAGCCAAGUCCCUGGACCGCAGGACCACCGAGUCUGUCAUGACCGUUAGUACCAUUUCACUCUCCUCUCUUCUGUCGUUCAAUCUUACUAUGUGGCCUCUCAGGGUCUGCAGUCAGACAUACUCAAACACACACCAGGGAGAAAAUUGUUAUCAAUGAGCGUUGUUGUUUACGUAAGGCGUGUGUGUGUGUUCUUGUGUGUGUGGGCUAAGCUGAAGGAACUUUCUCUCCAGGUCCCGACAACACCACAAUAGUUCUGCUGUUCUCCUAAAGUUGCGGAGUUAAAGGUCAUCAGCAACGCCAGGACUUUAGCCCGGCUGAGUCGAGGGGUUGUGGGGUUGGUGGAGUAUACGGGUUGGGUAACAUUGUGUGUAUAAGGGUUGGGUAGCAGUGUUAAGAGUAUUUGGGUUGAGAAAGGGCCCAGCAGGCCUUAGCUAGUGUAAAUGUUAUGAUAACAUUAAACCACUAAACCGUUUAACCACAUGGUACUGGAGUUUUUGGCUAGGACAUCAUGUCGUUACAGCAGCUUUGGUUGGGAAAUGGUACUCCUGGCUUGGCUGUAGUAAUGAAUGAAUGAACCCAUAUUGGUACAUAGAGUGCCUUUGUUGGUGCAAUAAAAUAAGGGAUUGUUAUAGUUUCAUAAAGUUUAUUAUCUAUUAGUCUGCACCUCGUGAACUUUGACAAAUUCAUUAGGUAUUUUGGGGGGUCUUUUGGUUCCUACUCUUUUGGGCUGUUUUCGCGACCAGGGUUUUUAUGACUGGGAUGUUGGAUGAUUCUACUGUACAGUAGAGUACAGUCAAGGGCACUGUAAUGGGUGAUGUGGUUAGGACAUGCUGUUUCAGAGCUGGUUGGUUGGUGUCCUGGACGUCCUAAUGCAGUCCUCCAUGCUACAGGGGGCAGCGCAGUCCCCUCUCCAGUCCAGGUUAUCUUCUUGCUACUCCUGUGUUUGGCCAUGGCCCUCAGGCCUCUGUGUGUUGGCACCCAUUCUGCUGUGUGUAUGUUUGAGGAGUGUGUGUUUGUGAGAGAGAGGGAGAGUGUGUGUGCCACAAACCAGCACCGCUUCCCCAGGGCACUUUGUGUGUGUUUUCUUCCACUGUGUGAAACCACAACAGACAUUUUUUCAGAAGGCUCUGUGAUGCCUAAUGGAGUAGGUACAUAUUUCCCCUAACCACUGGUCCAGGGUCAGUUAUUAUUGUAUCCUCCUAAUGUUAAUGGUAGGAUUGGUGGUAAGGUAAUCUGAUCCUAGAUAUGUGAUCAGGGGAAACUUCUACCUCGAGCAGAGCCAGCAUGUGGAGGUUUUUUUUCUGCUCUUUCUCAGACAUCAAGUUUUUGUUUUGCAGGUUGACCAUAGUUAACUAAUGAAGGGUAUUUUUGAACCUUACAAAUGUUCAAGAUAGUCGUUACAGAUAUUCUAAAUUGUCUAAAUAUGUUACCGUCUAAGUAAUGUAGCGUGUUGGAAUUGCAAUGAUUCUGUCAGCUAUGUGCUCUAGUCGCUUAGUCAGGCUCAUGCAUACUUUUCUUUCAGCUGUGGGUGCCUGUAAGUAUGACCUGUUAAAGUUAUGGAGUCCUAUGUGGAACCGAGAUGUGGUUUUUAAAAGGCUGCAAGUUUAGUAUCUGUGGUUUCAGCAUCUCUUGGUUCGUCUUGCAUGAUCUUACUGUGUGGGUUCACUAGACUGCCUUUACUGGACCACAGGUUGAUUUAAUUGACAUUUUUAAAGAGUACAUUUUAUGUUAUGCUUUUAGGGAUGGUUUGUAAUAAUGCUAAGCGUCUUUGUUUAUCAUUCCAGCCUGACUUGCUGAACUUCAAGAAAGGUUGGAUGGUGAAGCUGGAUGAGCAAGGACAUGUAAGCAAUAAACAAAACAUACAAACAUCACCAAAACAACUGAUGUUGUUUUUCUAAUGUUUCUGGAAAAUGUAAACACUUGAAAAAAUAACAUUAGUUUGAUGCCAUGAGAUUUGAAAAUUGUACUUUUCUUUUUGGUGAGAUCAACAAAGUAGGCAGUCGGUUGAAGUUCAAACGGUUAUCUGAACGUUCACCUAAAGCAUUCUAGAAUGUCUGUAGCAUUCUAUGGCCUUUAGAGCCACGGGUCAGUCUUUGAUGGCACAGCUUCAAUGGGUGACAGUUGAAAGGGUUAUGUGGUGCUUCUCUUUUUACAGCAAGUCUAUUCUCUUUUACAGCUAUAUUUAUUGUGUAGACUGAUGCUCCAACGCUAUAUUACACAGUGAAAAUUAACAUAAAGCUUUCAUAGAAAUCAUUACUUUUCAGAGGGCUACCAACAUCACUUCAGUCUCCUCUGCUGUCAUAGUUUUUUUUCUGGUCUGUUGCAUACAGAAACCAAGCUCCUAAUGUCAUUACUCCAUUAUUUAUUAGUGUCUCAUAACUCUCACUGGCACUAAAUAGAUUAUUUAUUCUCAGUCUACAGCAGUAACAGAACAGUUUCUGUAUUUCCAGUGAACUCUGUGACCUGUGUUCCCUCUCUCCUUUCCUCUACAGUGGAAGAAGUAUUGGUUCGUACUGACAGACCACAGCCUCGGAUACUACAAGGACUCCAUUGCUGAAGAGGUGACUUAUUUCUCAAUCCAUCUAAACUCUUCAUUCGUUCUAGUUUAACUGUGAACAACUGUAGCAAUGGCAGUAGUUAUCUUUAAAGAAAUGGAAUACCUGUUUGCUAAUAUAGUAUUGGUUUCUUAUUGAUAUCUUCGUAAGUAUAAUCUCAACUCCAGCAACUGGCUGCUUGUAUGCUGAUAAUAAUCUAUUCUGUCUUCCUGACUUAGUUUUCAUCAUCUGUAAUGUUACUAAAUUGCAGGCUUCAGAUCUGGACGGGGAGAUAGACCUGUGUACGUGUUAUAACGUCACUGAAUACCAGGCUCAACGCAACUACGGCUUCCAGAUACAUGUAAGCCCCAAUCUCUCGCAUACAGUCUCAUAUUAUCUUUAUGUAAUAACGAUGAUUUGCAUUUAUGUAACCCUUUUUAUGUCAGCUCUUCAGUGUAUGGAUGUAACAUACCCCUUUACUAUCACCUAAUAGUGCAGCAGUUAAUGUACAGUUUGAAUCUAACACCCUAACUGUCUUCCUCAGACCCAGGAGGGCAUGCACACCCUGUCGGCCAUGACUGCAGGCAUACGGAGGAACUGGAUACAGGCUGUAAUGAAAAGCGUCAGACCCUCCACUGCUCCGGAUGUGGCAAGCGACCACAGCUCCUUCUCCCCGCUGGAGGGGCUGGUUCGGCCGGACAGGACCCAGGACUCCCUUUCCUCCGAAGCCUCGUCCAUGGAGCGAGAGCCAGGGCCAGGCCCCAAGAAGAGUCGGGCCCGUGAGCGCCGGCGAGAGGGCCGUUCCAAGACCUUCGACUGGGCCGAGUUCCGACCCAUCGCCCAGGUUCUGGCCCAGCAGCGGGCCCAGGAGGCCGAGCCCCUGCAGACUGACCUAGGUGACCCCGAUCGGAGCCGGAGGCGGGAAGAACGAAGGAGGAGGUAUGAGUCUGUGACUGGCUCCUCCGUGGACCAACCAGCAGGCUCCGAGGGUGGGAGGAUGGACUAUGAGAGUGGGGGAGGGAGUGAAGGCAGCCCUGGGGGUGAGUGUGGGGGUCCCCCCUCCCUGGAGAGGCAGCAGAAGGUGGAGGAGGAGAUCGAGCAGCACUGGCAGCAGGUGGAGCAGACACCAAUCAGGGAUGAGAGGAGGGUACCUCUGCCCUCGACACUGCAGACCAGGGAGACGGCCGAGCUGGAGAAACUGCUGGAGAGCUACAAGAAAGGAGUGAGUAUGGGUUUUGUGUAUGUGAGUGCGCGUGUGGUUCACUAGAACGAAGAUCAAUGCAAUGUAAAAGGUAAGGGGUUCUUGAUAGGUCAGUGCUCUCCUGUGUUUCCUCACAUUUUCACCUUGUCCAUUCUAUGGUGCCUCUCCCAGGUAGAAGAGCUGAAGGUGCAGUUGGAGAGCUGUCACCAGCAGCUGGUGGACUCCAACCAGCACAAACACAAUCUGGAGGUCCAGCUGAGGACGGCUCUGGAGAGAGAGCAGCACAGCCGCACCGGAUACAUCUCCCCGGUAAGCACCACAGCUCUAUCUUCUUCUCCUUCUUCUUCUCCUCUUCCUCAGAGCUGUUUUAUUCUCUAUAGUCGUGUUGAGUUCAUACCUGAGCUAAGAUUUCAUAAACUCAAGGUACAGAUUGAGCUGUCUCUUUCCAUUUCGUAACCUCCUUUGCAUGUUGUAUUUUUAUUGUGAGAAAACAUCAAACUGACUGACAUCAAAGCUACAAAACAGCUCCAGAAUGUGCCUUUGCAUGAGUCCGUUCAUUGCAUGUGAGGAGAAACAUGAAGAUCUUGUUUUUAUGACUCCUUUUUACAGCUUCUUCUGGUUCAUCACCUCUUGCUGUUGUUUUUUAGAUGUACGACAUAUGUCAUGAACUCAUGCUAGUGUAUUGAACAUGAUGCAUUCAAUUAAUGAUUAACAUUAGAUGGAUACGUUUCCUUAUCAACGUUCCUGUAAUGCUGUAAAUGGCAUGAAUGCAUUAGGCUACUUGACUUCAACAGUACAGCCAUAGUUGUUGAAAUGAUGACGUUUGGCUCAGAACUGUAUGAAAACCUUUUCGGCUUGUCUCAUUAUGAAUUUUUUGCAUGGAUGUCUUAUUUUCCAUAUUUUAUUCACCACUGUUCCAACCAUCCAUUCUUCUUUUAACCGAUGUGUGAGCCAUACCAUUAUGCAGGUGAUAGUUGUCUAUUGGAUUUUGCUUGCUUGUGUGUGUGUGUGUGUGUGUGUGUGUGUGUGUGUGUGUGUGUGUGUGUGUGUGUGUGUGUGUGUGUGUGUGUGUGUGUGUGUGUGUGUGUGUGUGUGUGUGUGUGUAAAAGAGGGAAAGAGAGAGCGCGGGAGAGGUGAGAAUCUGUCCGUAUGGAGGGUGUAUAGAUGCUUUUUGAAUUCCUCACCACAUAUUGUGUACAUCUGUUGAGUUUAUCAAAGACAGUUGGUUUUCUUGGAUAGCUUGUGUAACAAUGAAAAUUAGAUUCAGUUCAAAGGGGACUUUGGAGAAAUGUUUGAGUUGAUGGAUAUGAUGUUUAGAGAGGGAGAGAGGGAAUGUGAGUAAUUUAUGCUGACCUUCGCAUUUUUGCUAAAGCCUUCAAAACAGGUCAUUGACAUCCUCAUAAGAAAGGAAAAUAAUAAAUUUCCUGUUCAUGUUGUGGUUGUUUUUACUGAAACCAUACAUUGAACUCAGUUUUGACCUGCAUUGUUACAUUUGCAAUUACGCAAUGUGAUGCAAUUUGAUGAGUGCCUUUUGAGAAAUGUUUCUGUUUUUGUGAAAGACACGAAGAGUUCAGAAAAAGGAGAUUUCAAGAACGUUGUUUAUUCCUAGGACCUGGUAUGCAACUCAUCUCUAAGUAAACCACCUAGCUAGCACUAAUUUUGCAUUACUUACCCCAUUAAAUAACUCUUAACCAUUUAAUGUGCAUGCUAUUUUGUGAUUUACUAACUGUGGCCAUUAAAUCUCUCUUUCCAUUGCUCUAAUUCUAAUCAUUUAGCCUAAUGAUAGAAGCUGGAUUCUAUUUCUGUAAUGUUUUCAAUCAUUAUGUUUAGUUACGUAAUUUUGUAGUCAAAAUUAUAAUUAUGAUGAUUUCAUAAUGUUUAAUUGCUAUGAAUACAGGGGGAAAUAAUUGAUGGAUUACCUAAAACAAUUUAGUUAGCCUUUUUCACCCCUGCUGUGUGUGUUAACCAACUGUCUGGUCCCCUUUUCCAAGCUGGAGCUCCCUUUGGGUCUGGAGGCUGAUAUCGAGCCCCAGACGAAGAGGCCAGAACUGGUUAGUUCUCAAGCUCAGAGCUUAGCAAGGAAGUACCAGGAGACCAAAGAGCUCCUGCAGCUACAAGAACUGAAAAAGCGCAAUAUGCAGGCACAGCUUGGCCUCACACUUUCUCACCUCUCCAUCAAGGAACCUUACCUUUCUGACCCCCAAAAAACAGCCCCUCUGCACAGCCUGCCUCCCUCAGAGCCACUCGUCGAAAAGACCGUUAGCUUUUUGAUUGAAGAUAGUGCAGACAUUAUUCAAGAGCUAGAGGCCUUGAUCUCAGGAAAGCUCCUGACUCUAAAGGGACUGGAUAGAUUGCUACGGUCUCACAGUGAAUUCAGCCUGGAGGGUAAUCAGGAUAUAGGAGAACAGGGUAGCUGCCAGAGGCUCUUGGAGAGCUGGAAGUAUCAGCAGGAGGUAGAGAACGAGACUAUGAGGAAGAGCUUGGCCAGGGCGGGCGAAAGCAUCCACAAUUACGAAUCACGACUCCUGACCAUGGAAGACAUGCUAGGAAGGGUUCAGAAGCAGAAGGUGGAGAGUCUGAAGAGCUCUUACGGACCACUGUGUCAAAAUGAAGAGCACUCAGAAAGCCAGGAGAUCACGAUCAGGACUUUGUCCCAGAGGGUCGAACUUCUAACGAGCGAAAACGGAGCGCUGAACCAGCGCUAUCAGGAGAUAGUGAACCAACUAACUGAGGCAGAUAGGGAGAUAGACAGGCUUAAAGCUGAGCUAAUCAACCUGCAAGGUGGGAAACAGCACCUACUGGUCCUAGAGGAGCUGAACAGGGUCAGGGCCAGACUAGCGGAGUGCGAAGCCAACGCUAUUGACAGGGUGUUCUAUGAGAGCGAGCUGAAUGAGAAGUCUGUGAAGCUUCAUGAGGCGCUGGUCACCUUGGAGGUGCUAGGAAACAGCCUGAAGGACACAGAGAGAAGACUGCAGCUGAAAGAGGCCACUCUCAAAGGUCUGGGAUUCCAAAUAGCCAAAGAAGGUGACGAUGAGUCCCCUAAGGAGAAACUCAAAGAGCAGCUGGAGGCCACAGAGGCCAAGCUCUUAGAAAAGGAAGUGCUCUUUCAGUCCACACAGCAUCUCUGUAGAGAACUUCAAGCUCAGACGGUUGAACUUAAAACUAGAAACCAGGAAUCUGAGAGACUCCAGAGUCAGAAACUUGUAGAGGCAGAGAAUGAGAUUAGGAUGUUGCGAGCAAAGUUAGAGGUAGAGGCAGCUAGGGGAGAAAGAGAAGUGAAUGUUAGUGAAGAGUUGAUGCAGACAGGUGAGAGGCAGGUAGCAGACGAAAGUGUUAUAAAGCAAUUAGUAGGUGAGGUAAAGAUGAAGUCAGAGGCCCUUAGUCAAGUGUUAGAGGUGUUAGCGAAGGUAGAUGUUAGUGUGGACAAAACGCUAAUUGAUAUGAAAAGCACUUUACAUAUCACAGACUGCCUUGGGUCCUUUGAAGAGGAGACGGAUGAAGUAAGUCAGAGAGUAAUGAAAAGGUUGGUAUUAGAGGCAGAGUUCUGGAGUCGUCUGUUGAGUGCUGUAGAGGUUAGCACAGGCGAGACUGAAGGUGAAAGUGCAUGUCGUUUUGAAAGGCGUGUGGCAGAGCGUAUGGUAGCUGAGAAGAGCAUGUUGCUGUUAAUGAACAGGAUUUGUCCUCGACCAAAGAUGGAAGUUGAUAAUGAGAUGACUGUGACUGCACAGACCCUGGAAGCAUACCUUUUGAAUUGGUGCAGCUGGCUUGAUAACGACACAAACACUCUCAUUUUGAAAGAUUUAACAGAGGCAUUGCAAGAUAAAGUGUAUUUGUUGAACCUGAUUGCCUCCACCAUUGAGACGUCCACUAAUGACAAGCUCCUGUCCUUGGUCCUAGCUAGCUUUGAUUCCAGCAAACUAAAGAAAAAAUGGUCUGAGCACCUUGAAGACGCAGCCACAGAAGCCCACAUGUCCUAUCUCAUCAGCAGGCUGAAGUUCCAACACGAGAAAGAGCUGAAAGAAACAAUGGUUGAGAAACUUCCGAUUUGCAACUCCGACUGUGCCAACUGCUCUCUACUGAGAGAACUGAACCGAGAUCUACAAUCCAAAAUGGCGGAUCUACAGAAUGAUCUGUCAAGCCUUGAAAGCCCUAUGAGUGAAGAUACUAGACCAAUAACACACAUUCAGAUCGAAGGUGAGCCCAUUGACUCCCUGGACAAGGCCAUACAGCUACAAGACAUGGUGGCCAAGCACAAGCUGGAGCUGCGGGAGAUCAAGGACAUCUACGCACAGGAAACAGAGAAGCUGAGACAGGAGGUGGCAAAGGUGGCCGAGAUAUUGCAUCUAGAACGUGAAGAGAACGUGAAGGAGAUAGACUCUCUGACUGUCUGCAUGGAGAACCUGAAGAAGAAACACGAGAUGGAGAGGAGCAUCCUGCUAGAGAAGUUCCACCACCAAAUGGAUGUCACCCCAGGAGGAAGCUAUCUCACUGGGGCAGAGGAUGGGACGAUGUCCCCUGAGACAUCCACAACCUCCGCCCUCAAGGAGCGCAUCCAGGAGCUGGUGGCCCAGGUCUCAGCCAUGACGGAGGAGAUGAAGCGGAGGGAGCGCCAGGGCGACGCAGCUACCCUCCGGCUGAAAUACGACAAAGACCUGGAGAAUCUGAAGGUGGAAGCCAUUCCUUGUACUUGCUGUUCCUCCGUCCGUGAUGCCUUCUGUCUCCUUGUGGCACCCCCCACCCUCCCAACCCCCUCCUACCUGCCCUACCCCCCUUUCCUCUCUAACCCUGCUCUCCUCACUCUGCUUUAAUUUUCUUUGUAAACCAGUAUGCUCCAGUGUUGCAUGGUGACUAAUUCACUGUUCAGUGCAUGUGGUUGUUGACAACUAGUUGUGUGCUGAGGAACCCAUUUUGUUUGACAGGAAAAGUCUACAACUCCCAGACCUAGGGCAACUGGAACAUUGUUAAUGUGGGAGGCUAACCAGAACAUGUCCUACAGUCACAUGAAAGUCAGGCUGACAGAAUUUAGUCAUGUUAUAUAGUGUCUAUCAGCAUAUUUUCCCAUCCAAUGUGAAAUUGCACCGUAUCAUACCAGAAGGUAUAGUUGCUGACGAAAUGAGUUCCUCAGAAGCUACAGUUUGAUGUGCUUGAUUACAGAUUCCUUUCUUCAAUAGGUGUUGUAUAUUAGAAAUGUCAAAUACAAAUGGUUGAACCCCUUUUAAAGCUGUCUAACUAUUAAGUUAUUCUCAACAGACACAUGAUUUAGAUAAUCAGGUGGAUAUAUAGCUUUUUUUAUUGAGGAUGAAAUCAACUGCAUUCGAAGAUGCAUGGGGCUUACCUUUUUGUCUUUGAUGUUGUGAUGUUGCUUUAACUGACUAAACAUUAAACUUUUCCCCUCCUGACUUGCUGAUGAACAAUUAAUGAUAAUUGACAGGAUUUCAAAACAUUGCAGAAUAUUUUAAGCUUAGACGUAUUACUUUUUUGGAAAAGUAAUGCUUAAAAGGAAGAAAUGUAAAACAAUGAUCAUCUACCCAGAAUCUUGGGUACUGUAUGUAAACGUAUAGUUACCCAGAUGUUUUUAUAUGUCGUAGAUCCUAUUUUUGUGUAUUUUUUGACUACAGAGAAUUUCCUCCAUUGUCAUGGUCUCUCUACAUCACAUUAUGUUGUAGAUGUGUAUUAGAAUUACGCACGUAAUUUAUGAUCAGGCUCCAGCUGUAUAUGAAUGGUUUUAAAAGCUGUUGUUUUCUGCCUGUGUUUAUUAGUCUUGAAUAGAGACUGUUUCUAAGCAGAUGGCAUGGGUUGUUAACCUCAGGAAAGAGACAUGCAUGUAACUUCCAAAAUAAAGGAAACACUUAAGUAAAUGAGGGAUACAAUUACAUUUUACAUUUUAGUCAUUUAGCAGACGCUCUUAUCCAGAGCGACUUACAGUUAGUGAGUGCAUACAUUUUCAUACUUUUUCAUACAAUGUAUUUUGAAAGCAGGUGCUUCCACACAGGUGUGGUUCUUGAGUUAACUAAGCAUUUAUCAUCCCAUCAUGCUUCAGGGUCAUGUAUACAAAUGCCCAUUGCCCAUUAUUUUGGCUGCCAUGGCUAGAAGAAGAGAUCUCAGUGACUUUGAAAAAGGGUUCUCAGUAACCAGAUCUCAACCCAAUUUAAUCUUAUGGGAGAUUCUGGAGCGGUGCCUAAGACAGCGUUUUUCACCACCAUCAACAAAACUACAAAUGAUGGAAUUUCUCGUUAAAGAAUGGUGUCGCAUUCCUCCAAUAGAGUUCCAGACACUUGUAGAAUCUAUGCCAAUGCACAUUGAAGCUGUUCUGUUGGCUCGUGGUGGCCCAACGCCCUAUUAAGACACAUGUUGAGACUAUGUUGGUGUUUCCUUUAUUUUGGCAGUUGCCUGUAGGUCUUCUAGUCAUGUUUACGAUACAGUUGGGUGCACAGCUGACAUGAAAUGAAAGGCAUAUGCUACUCCAUGUAUUUUGUUGCUGCUGGUGAUAUAAUCUUUAUAUUGUUGUUGUGUAUAGGGACGGACUGGUGGUAGCUGUCCUCUGGCAGUAAUAACAUUGUAAUAACAUUUUAGCAGUGCUCUUCCUGGUCCUUGAUGGUCGCUGUGUGUGCAGGACAGGUUUCAUCCCUUGAACAACACAUUCCCUCAGUUAGACCCAGACUUUGUUUGCAAAUUUCUCAAUAGUGUAGUUGUAUACUAUACACCAGUCACCCCCCUAAACAGGAAAUGGGCCACACACACACACACUAAACAAAGGGCAGGUGUUGCUUGCUGUGAUGUCACAGCAGGAAUUGUCCCCAUAUAUCCAGCCAGGAAGUUGGCUCGCUCUCAGUCUCAAAGUUUGUUCCCGUCUGGGCCAGUUUCCCGAGCACUGGGGACUUAUCCCUGUGAAAACAGACUUUGGCUAGAGAGGGAGCGUAGGAUAGCACCGUUGACUGAGUACUCAGAUUAGCAGCGCUGAAUAGAGGACGGAAGUAGGUUUUGGGUCGAUCUGGUCAGAAGGCUAUUCAAAUCCCCUCUUGUGGAAACAUGCACUGUAAUUGCAAUAGCAUUGUGAAUGGCUCUUUCUAAAGCCGUGUUGAUCAGGAUUACCCCCUCCUCCCCUCCCCAACCUCCUUUCUCUAUAUCAGGGUUUCCCAAACUAGGUCCUGGGGCCUCCCCUGGGUGCACGUUUUGGUUUUUGCCCUAGCACUACACAACUGAUUCAAAUAUUCAACUCAUCAAGCUUUGAUUAUUUGAAUCAGCUUUGUAGUGCUAGGGCAAAAACCAAAAUGUGCACCCAGGUAGGGCUGGGCGAUAUGGUCUGUUUUAUGCUUAUUGCACAUUUAUAAAACACAGACUAAACAGCUAGUAUAACAAUCUUUAUUUGACUAAAAUGCUGCUAGCGAUACGUGGUAGUGUAAUGCGCAUGCGACAAACUGAGCAUUCAUUUUCCAGAAUGAAUGUUCAUUGGUACAUCCGUUUUAGUAGUGUCUGCUCUGUUCGAAAUUUGAGGAGUUGAAACAAACAAGAUAUGGUUCGAAAGGUAAACUUCUCCUCUAUUACAGUAAAAUAAUGUCUGUGUGUUUCAGUGUCCAUAUGACCGAUUCUGUUGGACCAAACCGCAAAUGCAAAUAGUGAGUUGAAACCGUUUGUCAGAGAGGAAGAAGUGAUCUCUCAUCUUUGUUGUUGUGAGUGGUAGGGGGAGGGGCUUGGGACAAAGAAGUGAAGCGAGAGGUUUCGCCAAAAUCUGUCCAAAAUAAGCCCAAUGCAUUUCUAUGUGCUUAUUUUGAACCUAAGCUUGUCACCUGCCUUCCCGCCUUUGGGACAACGACUCCCAUUGUUAGGGCGGAGACCAGGUGCACAGAAGGAGCGAACAAGACCAAAAAGACAACAUGAGAACAAGCGGACAUAAACGCUCAUAAAAACGAAAUUACCAAAAUCCUUGAUUCUGCGAUACAGGCACUUUAAAUAUCGCACAAAAACAUACAUUUGAAUUAAUCCGAUAUAUUGCCCAGCCCUACACCCGGGGGGGCCCCUGGACCGAGUUUGGGAAACCCUGGUCUAUACCACUGAAAGGCAAUCCACAGACAUGCUGGCCCUGCCACCUCACGAUGAAGACACGUCAGACUCCACUGUCUGUCCCCACAGAAUCAGCCUAUUAUCCAUUGCUCUAUUUGGUCUCAUCUUAACCUCCUAUAUUCCACCAAAGAUUUGUUCAAUGGAAGCAGAUUAUACGUUUUUCAUAUUAUAGACAUUUACAUUUUUUCAUUUUAGGAAUUUAGCAGACGCUCUUAUCCAGAGCGACUUACAGGAGCAAUUAGGGUUAAGUGCUCAGUACUCCUGAGUGGCGCAGUGGUCUAAGGCACUGCAUCGCAGUGCUAACUGUGCCACUAGAGAUCCUGGUUCGAAUCCAGGCUCUGUCGCCGCCGGCCGCGACCGGGAGACUCAUGGGCGGCGCACAAUUGGCCCAGCGUCGUCCAGGGUAUGGGUAGGAAUGGCCGGCAGGGAUGUAGCUCAGUUGAUAGAGCAUGGCGUUUGCAACGCCAGGGUUGUGGGUUCGAUUCCCAUGGGGGGCCAGUAUAAAAAAAAUAUGUAUUCACUAACUGUAAGUCGCUCUGGAUAAGAGCGACUGCUAAAUGACUAAAAUGUAAAAUGUAAAUGUAAGUGCCUUGCUCAAGGGCACAUCAACAUAUUUGGGCACAUCAACAUAUUUUUUACCUUUGUCGGCUCAGUGAUUCGAACCAGCAACCUUCCGGUUACUGGCCCAACGGUCUUAACUGCUAGGUUACCUGCCGCCCUAGACAGCUAACAAUAUCACACACUAGACAUGAACUCAAUUUGUAAUAGGUGUUUUAUGUGCAAGCGGCCCAGAGUUUACUUAGCUAAAAACCUGGCAUCGGUUGAAUACCUUUACUGUUGCAGGGAUAAUUAGGCUACAGAACACAGCCAUCUCAAUCACAUUGCGUUCUCGCUGCCUAUGCAUUCCUUUAACAUAUUGUGUAUUCUGUUCUUUUCUUAACCCUUUGUACCAUAGGCUUAUGUUGCUCAUGGCUAAACGUGCAGUAGCUAGCUUGGUGUUUGUCAUCAGUGAUCAGUGUCAGUGAAUGGUUGGUCAGCAGUGGUUGAUGCUAGGGCCAGGAGUUUUUCCUGAACUGGACAAGUUCUGGAUCAGAGUUGAUUGGCUUUAACUAGAUCCUGGGUUUGACUUGUCCAGGAAAACAUUUCAGGGCCCUCUAUACCAUAUAAAUAGGGUCCUGAGUUUUUCAUAGUCAUGUCACAUGGUCUGGCAGGAAAACCCUUGGCCCUAGCUUAUGGUUGCAUGUGGACUCACUUUGCCCACAUUACCUUCCAUUAAUAGGCCACCUGUGAGAGGGGCUUUGCUGCAAUGGAGGAUUCCCACCAGAAGGUGAUCGACGAGCUGCAGAGGAAACACCAGAGAGAGCUGGAGAACCUACACGAGGAAAAGGAGAGGCUGCUAGCCGAGGAGACUGCAGCUACCAUAGCCGGUCAGUAGUAAUUACCAUAGCAGCUAAUGAAAUCAGCAUUAACACCUUGGUAAUCAUAUAGGCCUAAUGUCCCUUGCUAGCAGUAGCAUCAGGUUAACAUGAAGUAUUUUGUUCACUUGUGUUCGCAAACCCAUAAUUGUGAGUUACCAUGGUUUUUUGGGCUCUGCUUUAUAAAACAGUGGAUUUGUAUUUCUAAAACACAGUUACCUAAUGUUUUGAGUUAGCAGAUGGUCCGGCUAUGCUAGAGCUCUCCCCCAAUAACAACGUUCUUUGUUUUUGUUUCCCCAGCGAUCGAGGCGAUGAAGAACGCCCACCGGUCGGAGCUGGAGAAGGAGCUGGACAAGGCCCGCAAGUCCAACAGCAACACGGAGAACGCAGACAUAGAGGAGAUAUGCAGGCAGCACGAGUAAGUUAGCAUAUCAUGUAGGGCUGGAAAUUGCCAGGGACCUCACAAUACUAUGUUAUCACGAUACUUUGGUGCCGAUACGAUAUGCAUUGCGAUUCUCACGAUUCUAUAUGUAUUGUGAUUCGAUUAUGUGAUUUUAUUGCAAUUCGAUGUAAAAGUGCUGAAAACUAAUUUGCUCCCUAUUUUAAAAGAAGAUGGAGAACAAGCUAUGAAGGAAAAAUACUGGAGUUUUGGUGCAGGUACAGCCAACUAGCGCAAAAAUAAUAUUGCAAUAUGUCAAAAUGAUACGAUAUAUCGUCAAAAAUUAUAUCCCAAUAUGAACUGUAACUGUAUCGAUUUUCUUCCCCCAUCACUAAUAUAAUGUCCCCUCAGUACGACAAGCACAUUACCAUCGCCAAGACCAUAUUAUUUUCAAGUUAUCAUAUCCCCUCAGUACCCCAAGCACAUUAUAUACAGUACACUAUGCAAAGAUACUCUCCAAGAUCAUACAAUCUUGAAAUCGCAAUAAGCAGGUCAAGUCUCAGGUCUUCAUUGAGAGUCAAGACUCAAAUUUCCAGUCCAGACUCUAUUCUUGAGUUAAUGUUUACAAUGUUUACUGUUUCUCUUCAGUCAAAACUACUGACUCAGGUCCCCAUCGCUCCCAAAUAACAACCUUACCCUUUGACAUACAGUCAUGUCCAAAAUUAUUGGCACCCUUGAUAAAGAUGAGCAAAAAAGACUGUAUAAAAUAAAUAAUAAAAAUACUGAGCUAUUAUUGUAUGCUCAAAAAUUUUGGGAAAUUAUAUUAUUUUAUACUAAUACAAUUUCUAAAAAAGAUAGGGGUCAAAAUUAUUGGCACCCCUGUUUUCAAUACCUUUCAAUACCUCACUUUGUGAGGGUAACAGCAUGAGCCUUUUUCUAAAAUGUUUUAUGAGAUUGGAGAACACAUUGGGAGGGAUUUUAGACCAUUCCUCCAUACAGAAUCUUUCCAGAUCCUUGAUAGCCUUCGUCUGCACUUAUGGACUGCCCUCUUCAAUUCAAACCACAGGGUUUUCAAUGGGGUUCAAGCGCAGAGACUGAGAUGGCCAUUGCAAAAUGUGGAUUUUGUGGUCAUUUAACCAUUUCUUUGUGGAUUUUGAUGUGUGCUUGGGGUUAUUGUCUUGCUGGAAUAUUCACUUGUGGCCAAGUUUCAGCCUUCUGGCAGAAGCAACCAGGUUUUUGGCUAAAAUGUCCUGGUACUGGGUAAGGUUCAUGAUGCCGUUGACCUUAACAAGGGCCCCAGGACCAGUGGAAGCAAAAUAGCCCAAUAAUAUCAAAGAUCCACCACCAUAUUUUACAGUAGGUAUGGGGUUAUUUUCUGCUUAUGCAUCCUUAUUUCGAGGCCAAACCCACCACUGGUGUGCAUGGCCAAAGAGCUCUAUUUUCAUGUCAUCUGACCAUAGCACCAGUUCUAAUCCAAGUGCCAAUGCUGUUUAGAAAACUCCAGGUGUUUACAUUUGUUGGAUGACAUGAAAAUAGAGCUCUUUGGCCACGCACACCAGUGGUGGAUUUGGAGUCGAAAUAAGGAUGCAUAAGCAUAAAAUUAACACAUUACAAGGUCAUUAUUUACAAAUGAUUUACAAGUAUGGCGAGCAAAAAAUAGUUAACUUGUGGUUGUGAAGAAACAAAAGCAGUGCAUUCUGUCAGAGGAAUUUAGAACUUUGAUCAAUGCUGUCACUGGCAGGUUACCAUGACAAUGGAAACAAUGACAGGGUCAAAGUAUAUAUUUUUCUCUUGUUCCCACCCCUUCCCAAUGCUGGCUACGCAAGGGAUGUACACGGAACAAAAAUAUAUAUGCAACAUGUAAAGUGUUGGUCCCAUGUUUCAUGAGCUGAAAUAAAAGAGCCCAUAAAUGUUCCAUAUGCACAAAAAGCUUAUUUCUCUCAAAUAUUGUGCGCAAAUUUAUUCACAUCCCUGUAAGUGAGCAUUUCUCCUUUGCCAAAAUAAUCCAUCCAUCUGACAGGUGUGGCAUAUCAAGAAGCUGAUUAAACAGCAUGAUCAUUACACAGGUGCACCUUGUACUGGGGACAAUAAAAGGCCACUCUAAAAUGUGCAGUUUUGUCACAUAACACAAUGCCACAGAUGUCUCAAGUUUUGAGGGAGCGUACAAUUGGCAUGCUGACUCUAGGAAUGUCUACCAGAGCUGUUGCCAGAGAAUCUAAUGUUCAUUUCUCUACCAUGUUGUUUUAGAUCAUUUGGCAGUACGUCCAACCGGCCUCACAACCGCAGACCAUGUGUAUGGCGUUGUGUGGGGGUGAGCGGUUUGGUGAUGUCAGUGUUGUGAACAGAGUGCCCCAUGGUGGCAGUGGGGUUAUGGUAUGGGCAGGCAUAAGCUAGGGACAACGAACACAAUUGCAUUUUAUCGAUGGCAAUUUGAAUGCACAGAGAUACCGUGACGAGAUCCUGAGGCCCAUUGUCGUGCCAUUCAUCCGCUGCCAUCACCUCAUGUUUCAGCAUGAUAAUGCACGGCCCCAUGUCGCAAGGAUCUGUACACAAUUCCUGAAAGCUGAAGAUGUCCCAGUUCUUUCAUGGCCUGCAUACUCACCAGACAUGUCACACAUUGAGCAUGUUUGGGAUGCUCUGGGUCGACGUGUACGACAGCGUGUUCCAGUUUCCGCCAAUAUCCAGCAACUUCGCACAGCCAUUGAAGAGUGGGACAACAUUCCAUAGACCACAAUCAACAGCCUGAUCAACUCUAUGCGAAGGAGAUGUGUCGGGCUGCAUGAGGCAAAUGGUGGUCACACCAGAUACUGACUGGUUUUCUGAUCCACAACCUUACUUUUUUUAAAGGUAUCUGUGACCAACAGAUGCAUAUCUGUAUUCCCAGUCAUGUGAAAUCCAUAGAUUAGGGCCUAAUCAAUUGGCUGAUUUCCUUAUAUGAACUGUAACUCAGUAAAAUCUUUGAAAUUGUUGCAUGUUGUGUUUAUAUUUUUGUUCAGAUAGAUCAUAUAUAUCUUAUAUACUAUAUAUCAUGAUGAUAUAUCAUAAUAUACUAUAUCAUUGAGCUAUUAUCAUUAUAUACUGAUAAUCAGUAAUUUUGAUAAUUUUCAUAUAUGUUUAUAUUUAUAUUUCAUAUAUAUUAUAUAUAUAUAUAUUAUAUAUAUAUAUAUAUUAUCUCUAUAUAUAUUAUAUUAUAUGUCUAUUAUAUUAUUUAUGUAUAUGGGGUAUACCGGCAAGAAAGUGGUAAAAAUGGCACUGCAAAAAUUACUGCUUAGCUCCUCAAAAGUUAAAUCAGCUGAUCAAUCAUUUCAAUUGGCCUGAGUUCCAAAGAGUCUCUGAGCCUAUACAGAUUGAAGAGAGUUGUAGCAGAGGCACUGCAACGAGAUUACAAUUUACAUAAUAUGUACAUAAACUUUCAAUUUACAUUAGCAAAGGAAUGUCAUGUGCCGAGAGAGGGUUCGGGGGCUGCAGUUCAAAUUUACCGUAAAUAUCCCAGUAUAGCCACUAGUCAGUACGCAUGCUUUUAACAAACUAUUCAACUAUGCAAGCAACUUUUCAUCUUAACCAUAUUACUCCCUUGAAUAAUGCAAUCACACCACAUGAUACUCUUGAAUAAUGCAACAAUUAACAAGGGUUUAUUUUGUUGUCCGUACACUCAUUACAUUUUAGCUUCAAGACAAAAGCACAGUUACUGCUAGCUAGGUAAAGCUAACAACAUCAUCAAGUAAUGUUAGCCCAUCAAAAAUGAACGAUUACCCCUCUAACACGGAUGUAAAAGUACAGUAGGCCUACCUUACACCUUUAGAAUAAAUCAGGCUUCAUUUCUAUCAACAUCAUGCAAAUCAUUACAUGUGGUAAAAGCAAAUUGUGACUGAAAACGUGGGUAAUUCACUGGGGAGUUUAGAUCAGCUGUUUUACGUGGCUCAGUGCAGCCAACCAAGCACCAUUGACAGUUUUCUUCUUUUUUUUACUGCAAUUUCAGGUAAAAACUCAAUAAAACAAGUCUCAAAUAUAAGGAAACCGUCUAUACAUUUCAGCUGUUUCAAAAACAUUGAUCUGCUAUUACGAUUUUUACUGUAGGAGUGUUAGGCUCAACGAGACAAUUCUGUUUAUACUGCCCUGCUUGGAGGGGGGAAACUGACGGGCGAGUGUCGUGCGCUACAUCCGGAGGUAGCGGUCGAGACAUGAGAAAUUUGCAGCUUUACAUUACAGUAAUAAGUCUAUUCUCUGGAUUUCUUUCGAUACCUCUCGACAAUCUCCUAUUUUCUUCAAUGAAAAUAGGCUCUGUUCAUUAUGAAGAGGUCUCUGAGUUUAUACGGCUUGGGCUGAUAAUUAGUUGUGAUGACAUGUGUGAAGGUAUUUCUCCUCACCUGCCCAAUCUGCAGAGUGCAUGAUAUCAUAUGACACACACUUCACCUCAGUCACAGGUGUAACUGCAGAUGCCCUAUCAUUGCAUAUUAUGAACAUUUUUCAUUCCUGUCAGUUUGAACAGCAAAACAGAGUUGGGGGAAUGUUGUCCAUCAUCCGUCAAAAUGGGGAUAUUCAAGAUAAAUAACUUCAUUUUGUAGUGCCGUCUUUUUCAUUCAAGUUCAAACCCAACCCAGAGCCAUGACAAUUAAAGGUUGGGCAAAGCCAGUAUGUGACUGUGACUGGCUGUGCCUUGCCAACUGUAACCAGGGCAACCUGGAACUGCGGUGGCGGCGAGUGAUCUUGCCAAGGCUGGAAUUACAGACAGAAACAGUUCCAGUUCUGUCACGCGUUUCAUCAGUCUGUCUGGUGUUUAUUAAGGAACUGAUUAGGAGCAGUCUGGCUUGGUCUGUCUAGACUCUAGAUACACUGAAGCUACACUCCAGUGUCUGGCCAGAACUAAACACCCUACAAAAUGAAAUAGUUUUCUAUGCUCUGUGCUACUAUUUCCUUUGGUCAGCUAUUAUGAGGGAAACGAGAGCUCUGCAUGGUCUUUGGUUGAAUUUCCUGAGUGUUACAAAUAAAAAGGUAUGGUAUUGAUUGGCUGAGUGUUUUGCCUUGUAUUGUCUGACUUACCGAGUGUUUUCCUGUGUUCCCUCUCGCUCUCUUUCCCUCUCUCUUGCUCUCUGUCUCUCUCUCUCUCUCCACCUCUCUGUGUUGCAGAGAGGAGCUGUGUUCGUUCCAAAGGGAGAUCGAGGUGCUGUCGGAACAGUAUUCUCAGAAGUGCCUGGAGAACGCCCACCUGGCCCAAGCCCUGGAGGCUGAGAGACAGGCCCUAAGACAGUGUCAGAGGGAGAACCAGGAGCUCAACGCACACAACCAGGUGCACACACACACACACCCAGGCACACACACACACACUGAUAAUAGACCUCACACUUACCAUGACACCUAAUGUGCCUUGUGUCUGUAGGAGCUGAACAACCGUCUAGCCGCAGAGAUCACUAAGAUGCGCUCUAUGGCGACUGAAGACGGGAGUGGAGACACCUGCAAUGUCACACAUGGGAAGGAACUGUACGAGCUAGAGGUAAGCUCCUCUCGAGGUGAACCCAAGAUUGGACUUGAUUUGAAAUUAGCUGAAAUCUUCCUGUUUGUUGAAAGGGUACAUUGCUUUAUGCACAGCUGAAAUUUCCUUGCCAGGUGAUGUUGAGGGUGAAGGAGUCGGAGGUCCAGUAUCUGAAACAGGAGAUCAACUCUCUGAAGGAUGAACUCCAGGCCGCCCAAAGAGUAAGUCCCAAGACCCAAGUUACCUACAACUGCUUUUUAUAGUUUUUCAAUGUAUUUUAUACUAUUUUCUAAUUUUUUUAUGCUGCGGUUGUAUUCCUCACCCAACCAUCCUAAACAAUGUAUCCUUUGUCCCUCCAGGAUAAGAAGUAUGCAACGGACAAGUACAAGGACAUCUACACAGAGCUGAGCAUCGUGAAGGCCAAAGCAGAGAGAGACCUGGGGAGGCUCAGAGAGCAGCUGCAGCUGGCCCACGAGGCACUGGGGGAACCCUCACUGGAGGAGGUGGAGAGAGCAGGAGGAUACGGUAGGAAUAUUGAACACUUUCUAUCCUUCUACUCCAUUUGUGUGCUACAAAUGGCACCCUAUUCCCUACAUAGUGCACUACUUUACAUAGUGCGCUACUUUUGACCAGAGCCCUAUGUAGGGAAUAGGGUACCAUUUUGGACGCAUCCCUUUUCCCUGAACACUGACCAUUUUCCUCCUUACACAGCUAGCACUAUUACCUCUGAGCGCUCAACCUUUUGAUUGGUUGGUUAUUGUUUUGGUCAUGACCAAUGUGCCACAAUGCCUCAAUAUUUGAAUGUGGUCUCUGAAUUUACAUAAGAAAUUAUCUAAGAUGUCUCAAUGUCAAAUAUAGUCCAGACUGUCUCCAACCUGCAACCCACUGACCCUUUCAACAAGCAGCCAGAUAAGUCUAUUUAUUACAGUAGUUUCUAUAGUAUACAGUCCAGAAGCUGCACUAGCCCCUUUUUCCAAACGACUUGUCGUUAAAGAAGCUGUCUGUUAUCUCUCCUCAGAUAUCAUGAAGUCCAAAAGCAACCCUGACAUUCUCAAGAUGGCGGCUGCUGCCGCAAAACGCUCAGAGCGCACCAUGAGGUCAAAGGUACGUCUUCUAAACACCUGAGUAAGACAUCUUAAUGUGAUUUACCCAGUAGAGGAGAAGUCUCCAGGAGCUAAGGUUAUGUAUGGAAACCGUUCAAUAGGAACCAAGUGCCAUUGAGCUGUGACACACUGCCACCCUCAGGUUAACUACUGCAUUACACUGCAACUUUUUACUUCCCCAGCAGGUGAAUGUACUGUAUUGGGUGGGUUAUUGGCCCUAUGAGCGUUCAGCAGUUUUGUUAUAUUACUCUUAAAACCUUGAAACAAUCCCUUUGUACAUCUAUUUCAUUGUGGGUUAUAAUGGUUCUGUCAGAUGUAGAAAGAAGUGUACCAACACGUGUGUCAGGAAACCUGGUAAGUGUGGUGCGGUGUGUUUCACCUCUUACUCUCACAUGCCGGUGUGUUUCCCCCUUCUGUCCUCAGUCUGUGGCCCGUGACAUGCCCUGGGACAGCUAGGGCUGCCUGAGGACCUAUAGGCCUACCCUUCUCCUUUAGGUAAUUUACCCAACCAGACUACAACGAAUAGGAUGCCAAAAUCACAUAUCGAUAGUGGGUUUGAAUGGGAGCACCUUUUUUAUUUGCCGCCAUUGGGACCUUACAGAGAAAUAUCACUUUUACCAGGGAGAGAAAUGAGUGCACGACUCUGUAUGGAUCAUUGAUGAUACUCCUCUGUUUGCAUCAAUCUGCUUCCUCAUCAAUGAUUCAGUCCUGUCCACAUUAAAGUCACAGUUAAACCUGGCCAAGGUCAUUAAGUCAUUUUUUUGUCUCUCUGUUUCUCUCUCUCUCUCCAGAGUCUUAAGGAAGGGCUGACAGCCGAGCAGCGACUCCAUCUGUUUGACAAAGACACUAAGGAGUUCUGA